CGAACCACCAUGAAGAUACCCCUGCAUAUAUAUAUACAUGAAAAACAGAAGCAACAAACAGCCUUAGCUGUCAUGGAGCACGCCAAAAUCGGCCUCGUUGUCUGCAGCCAACGCACUCCCCGCGCUGGCCUCCAAAUCAGCCACUUCGUGCAAUCCACCAUCCACCAGACAUCUCCCCGGGCAAACAUCCACCUGAUUGAUCUCGCAGAAUGGAAUCUCCCGCUGUACAACGAGCCCGGGAUUCCAUCGCAGAUCCGCUCUCCGGCCGACGACUACGUCCACGACCACACCAGAACCUGGUCGCGCGAGAUCGCCUCCUUCGCGGCGUUUAUCUUCGUCACGCCCCAGUAUAACUGGGGGUACCCGGCUAGUCUGAAAAAUGCAAUCGACUAUCUCUACCAUGAGUGGGUGGGCAAGCCAGCGAUGAUUGUGAGCUAUGGCGGUCACGGCGGAGGGAAGGCAGCGGCGCAGCUGCGGGAGGUUCUGCAGGGGGUGCGGAUGAAGCCGUUGGAGGAGAUGGUGGCGUUGACGUUUCCGUCGAAGCAGCUUCUGGGGUCUGCGACGCGAGGGGAGGAUUUGGGAUUACAUGGGGGGGCUUGUUUCUGGGAGAAGGAGAGGUUUCAGAUACAGGAUAUUUUUGGGAAGUUGGAGAUGGUACUUCAAGACGAUGUGGAAGUCAACUAACUACCUACUACUAUAUAUAUAGUGGUUUGUUACUGCAGCCCUUAAUCACAAGCCUCCUCCUCCUCCUCCUCCUCCCGGGCCUGAUACCUGAAGACUGUUGCUCCCGUUUCGACCCUUUGUCGAGAAGUACCAGCUCCAAGAUGCUCAUGAUCUAAUGAUUUGAUAUCAAAGUAGUGCGAAUGCAAUCGCCUAUUUUAACGACGGGCGAUGCAGUGGCUUCGUUUAUGAACCGACCUGAUCGAAUCACCAACGGACAUCCUUUCUUCCUAUAACUGCAGUCCUCGCCCUGCUGGUCUACAGCUUUGCCCAAAGCAGGGAUAAAUCCUCCCUGUGCGCAUCAUGCAUAUUUCAAGAGUUAGUUACCUACUUACUGCUACUAAGACCAGACGACCGAUAACUGCGGAGGAUAUACAACCCGCU